AAGGGCGGGGCGAGCCCAGCAGACUGGGUUCUCCAAGGGGAGCUGUCUGUGUUAGGCUAGGGAGCGGGAGGAAGUGAUCGCUCUCUGAGGAGCCAAGCCUAGUUGCGGGCGCAGCGUGAGACAGCACAUCCUGCAGCCGGGCCCGCAGUCUUCCGGGGCCGCUCGCUCCUACGCCGGCGCCUCCGCGACUGGAAGCCAACGCCGCGCUCCCGGAGUUCAGCUCUGCCGCCCUCCAGUGCAUCCAGGAAACCAACAUGUCUGACAAAAGUGACUUAAAAGCCGAGCUAGAGCGCAAAAAGCAGCGCUUAGCACAAAUAAGAGAAGAGAAGAAGCGGAAGGAAGAAGAAAGGAAAAAAAAAGAGGCUGAUAUGCAGCAAAAGAAAGAACCUGUUCAAGAUGAUUCUGACUUGGACCGCAAACGUAGAGAGACAGAGGCCCUUUUGCAGAGCAUUGGGAUAUCGCCAGAGCCACCGUUAGUCCCAACCCCUAUGUCUCCCUCCUCGAAAUCAGUGAGCACUCCAAGUGAAGCUGGAAGCCAAGACUCAGGCGACCUGGGACCAUUAACAAGGACCCUGCAGUGGGACACAGACCCCUCAGUGCUCCAGCUGCAGUCAGACUCAGAACUUGGACGAAGACUGCAUAAACUGGGAGUGUCGAAGGUUACCCAAGUGGAUUUCCUGCCCAGGGAAGUUGUGUCCUACUCCAAGGAGACUCAGACUCCUCUGGCCACACAUCAGUCAGAAGAAGAUGAAGAAGAUGAUGAAAUGGUAGAGCCUAAAGGUGGACAUGAUUCAGAACUGGAAAAUCAAGAGAAAAGACAGGAAGUGAAAGAAGCCCCUCCACGGGAACUGACAGAGGAAGAAAAACAGCAGAUCCUUCAUUCAGAAGAAUUUCUCAUCUUUUUUGAUCGGACAGUAAGGGUCAUUGAAAGAGCGCUGGCAGAAGACUCAGACAUCUUCUUUGACUAUAGUGGUCGAGAAUUAGAGGAAAAAGAUGGGGAUGUCCAGGCUGGAGCCAACCUUUCUUUCAACCGUCAAUUCUAUGAUGAACAUUGGUCUAAGCAUCGGGUAGUCACUUGUAUGGACUGGUCUCUCCAGUACCCUGAACUGAUGGUUGCUUCUUACAACAACAAUGAAGAUGCUCCCCAUGAACCAGAUGGAGUGGCCCUGGUUUGGAACAUGAAGUUUAAGAAAACCACACCAGAAUAUGUCUUCCACUGUCAGUCCUCUGUGAUGUCUGUCUGCUUUGCUCGUUUCCAUCCCAACUUAGUGGUUGGUGGAACCUACUCAGGUCAGAUAGUCCUGUGGGACAAUCGCAGUCAUCGAAGGACUCCAGUGCAGAGGACACCGUUGUCAGCUGCUGCACACACACAUCCCGUGUACUGUGUAAAUGUCGUUGGGACCCAGAAUGCUCAUAACCUCAUCACUGUCUCUACUGAUGGUAAAAUGUGUUCCUGGAGCUUGGAUAUGCUCUCAACUCCACAGGAGAGCAUGGAGCUGAUGUACAAUAAGUCCAAGUCUGUGGCUGUUACCGGAAUGGCUUUCCCGACGGGAGAUGUCAAUAACUUUGUGGUUGGCAGUGAGGAGGGUACUGUCUACACAGCCUGUCGUCAUGGAAGCAAAGCGGGUAUCGGUGAAGUCUUUGAAGGUCACCAAGGGCCAGUGACAGGAAUUAACUGCCAUAUGGCAGUGGGUCCAAUCGACUUUUCACACCUGUUUGUCACAUCAUCAUUUGACUGGACUGUGAAACUGUGGACCACAAAGCACAACAAGCCGCUCUACUCCUUUGAAGACAAUGCAGACUAUGUGUACGAUGUCAUGUGGUCCCCUGUGCAUCCCGCGCUCUUUGCCUGCGUGGACGGGAUGGGGCGCUUGGACCUCUGGAACCUCAACAACGACACCGAGGUUCCAACAGCAAGUGUGGCCAUUGAGGGAGCCUCUGCACUAAACCGUGUUCGUUGGGCUCAAGGUGGCAAAGAAGUUGCUGUUGGGGACUCUGAAGGCCGUAUUUGGAUCUAUGAUGUUGGAGAGGUGAAAAGAAGAAAAUGCAAGAGAAGGAAGAAAGCACAAAAAAAAGUGGAGGAAGAGGGAAUAAACAUUGAAGGAAAACUUGCCGUUCCCCACAGUGAUGAAUGGACUCGCUUUGCCAGGACCCUUGUGGAGAUCCGUGCUAACAGAGCUGAUAGCGAGGAAGAAGGCACCAUGGAGUUAGCUGCCUAGUAGAAAUGAGCUGCCUCCAUCCCAGUCCCAGUCCUCACCAACUACAGCUCAUUGUGUGCAGUCAAGUCCAUUUAGUCUAUCAGUGUCCAUUCAGUUUCAGCAUUGCUGUGAUAAUUUAAGUACGAUAUUGUGUCAGUUAUGCCCCAAGUGUUCCAAAUGUUGUGCCCCACUCUGCUUUCCAGUGACCUGAAAUCCAUCAGAGUGUUUCUAUCUUUAUAUUUCUUUCUCAAAAAAUGAGGGGGGUUGCUUUAUGGGUUUGGUUGUUGCCUUUAACUGCUUAGUAGCUGUAUUUAAUAGCUGGAAACCUCUGGUUAAAAUUGUGCUUACAUGCACUUCUGGCAUAGGCCUAUUAAAUCCAUAUGAAGUCAGAUAUGAUUAGGUACAGAUGUUGGUGUGCUUCAUGAUAUGGGACAGGGCCAAAGACUUGAGAUGUUGUGUUUUACAUGGUGACUCACAUUAUGAAUGGAUUUACUAGAAGAAAAUUGCUGCUACUUAUUUAUUGUGGUGUGCUGCAUGGAACAUAUUUAUUUGAAAGCAUUAAAAUAAAUGAUCCUAGAGCAUGUACAUAAUGAGAGGAUUGUAUUGUCUCUCUGCUGCUGUUGAGGUUACAUUAAGUUCCAAAUAACAAUUACAGUAUGCCGGUUCCACUGAGGGCAUGAAGUCUUUAGAGGUUUGUUACAGUGAACAGAAUGAAUUUUAAUGCCUAUUAUUUCUAGGUACUUUAACAAUAUUUCAAAUAUAGUUAACCAUUGAUACUUGUCAUUGAAGCUAACAUAGUCUGACAAAAGUCUGUGGUUCCUAAAUAUGACAACAGUAUUGCCAAUAAAAUGUUUCAAACCUG